AUUGGCAAUAUACAUUAAGCUCUGUAUUGGAGAUCAAUUGCUACGUCCAUGGAUUGUAAUACGAUUGAUCAAGCAGUUUGCAAUCCUAAACCUCGUUCUUGAAGAGUCAAACGAUUUCUAUGGAGAGAGCAGAACAUAAUUGACAGACUGUGGGUGACAACUCCCACCAAGCCACUCCAAGUAUACAGUAGGAUACAAUACAAGACAUGUAGCCAAGUUUUCCUGAAUGGAUUUGAUUUAGCAAGUGUCGCAUUAAAGGAAAUAAACAUACAUUUUUUGGGCACAACAUGGUUUCGUAAGAUGACGGCUAUGGCUCUCACCGCUUCAGGGUCGGUCACUUUAAAAUUUGAAAUACUACUAUCCUGAAAUAUGGAUGUGUAAAGAUCAGUAUCCGCAGAGAGGUCGCUGUGAGAGAAACAAAUUUCAGUUCACUAGCAGAAGGACGUCUACACAUGUACACAACCCAGGAUAUGAAAUAUACCUAGUUAUCAAGUAGUCCUGCAUUUCGGGAUCCAAGUAGAGAAGAGAAUGAUAUGUAAGCAAAGGACAUGCAGACCCUAAGCUAAAGCUUUGAGGCACAUAGGAGAAGCCCUGAGGACCGACGAUAGAGUCUUGUGCCAACACAGUAGAAAAGACACUUACAGAACAGUCAAAGGUAUCAACUUUAUCAUAAUGAUGCGGUCAGUGUUACUCUAAAUCAAUACGCUUUUGAUGGAACCAGUUUAAGAUUCUACAGCAUCCGGAAGGACCUUGACGAAAGGAAGGUUUGUUCCAUCAUUGGAAAAUACAUUUAAAGAACAUAUUGAUCCCAGCCAUGCCGUCCUUAUAAUUUUGGUAGGACUUCAUAAAGGAUACUUAAAGGAAUUCAGUUUGAGAUUGGUGGCAGCGGUGGGAUCGACCUUCAGGACGACCUUGAGGAACCCACAGGGACAGCAUGGACACCAAGGGGAAAGGCAAGGGGCAGGACAAGUCUUCAGCGACCCCAGAGAAUGUCAAGAAGAAGCAGGUGAUGGUGAUGUUGGACGGGGACCAGGUCAAGAGACCGGGCAAGAAGAAGCCCAAGGCCACUCACUCCGAGGUGGAUCUGAGCAAAGAGUUUUCUAAAUGCAAGGAGCAAGGCGACAGAAGACUAGAUCUCAGCAAAAUGUCCAUCACAAUUCUCCCUAGUUCAUUGAAAGAUCUCACACAGCUCGUUGAGCUCUAUCUCUAUGGUAACAGACUGGUCUCUUUGCCAUCGGAGAUUGGUUGCCUGUGCAACCUCGAGAGGUUAGCAUUGAACGAGAACUCAUUGACAACGUUACCUGAAGAGCUCGAGAAAUUGGGUCUACUAAAGGUCCUUGAUUUGAGGCACAAUAAACUUAAAGAGAUUCCGGAAGUGGUGUACAAGCUCCUUUCCUUAACAACGUUAUUCCUACGCUUCAAUCGUAUCACGCAAGUCGGCGAAGACAUUCACAACUUAACAAAACUGACAAUGUUGAGUCUGCGAGAGAAUAAGAUCAAGGCGUUGCCGAGAGGGGUCGGCAAGCUCACGCUUCUCACCACGUUUGACGUCUCGCACAAUCAUCUGGAACACCUGCCAGAAGAAAUCGGGAACUGUACCCAGUUGUCCUCCUUGGACCUGCAGCACAACGAGCUCCUGGACCUACCAGAGACCACCGGGAACCUGAAAUGCUUGAGCCGUCUUGGCCUGAGGUAUAACCGACUUACAGGCAUCCCAAAGAGCCUCAGCAACUGCGUCAAUUUGGAGGAGUUUAACGUUGAGGGGAACAACAUCGGUAUCUUACCGGAGGGGCUUCUGUGCUCAUUAAACAAGCUAACAAGCAUCUGUUUGUCAAGAAAUAACUUCACAGCAUAUCCAGUAGGUGGGCCACAGCAGUUUGCAACCGUUGAUACAAUUAACAUGGAUCACAAUCAGAUUAAUAAGAUCCCCUUUGGGAUCUUCAGCCGAUCAAAGUACUUGACCAAACUCAACAUGAAGGAUAAUCAGUUAACAGCACUGCCACUAGAUGUGAACAGCUGGACGAGCAUGGUUGAGCUGAACCUGGGCACCAAUCAGAUCAGUAAGCUGCCUGAGGACAUCGAGCACCUGACAUCACUGGAGGUUCUCAUCCUCAGUAACAAUCUCCUCAGGAGACUUCCGACCAGGAUUGGGAACCUGAGUAGGCUGAGAGAGCUUGAUCUAGAGGAGAACAGGCUGGAGGCAUUGCCAUCAGAAUUAGCUUACCUGAAAGAGCUUCAGAAGUUAUCUGUACAGACAAAUCAACUCACACAACUCCCCAGGUCUAUUGGUCGACUGUCUAAUCUGGUGUACCUGAAAGCAGGGGAGAACAACUUGGCCUCAUUACCAGAAGAAAUAGGCUCACUGGAACAGCUACAACAGCUGUACAUCAAUGACAAUCUCAACCUGAAUCAUCUCCCGUUUGAGCUGGCCCUAUGCUCCUCUCUCCAGAUCAUGAGUAUAGAGAAUUGCCCCCUCUCUCAGAUACCGCAAGAGGUGGUAGCGGGCGGGCCCUCCCUCGUUAUACAGUACCUGCGAUACCAAGGUCCCUACCGUCACAUGGUGUCUCUGUGAUUGCGUUCGAGGACGACCCGGAAAUUAUGCAAACAGUACCGUGUAAACACUUCAAAACUAUAAUGGUAAUUUAUGUGUAUAUUCCAUCAAGAACGCCGGCUGUGUUCACGCUAGUAACUAUAAUCAAACUGCAAACGUCAAGUGUUUUUAAUCAAUGUGAACAACUUUAGACUGUAUUAAAGAGGGUUGUCAGUUCUUGUCAAUCGGUGAGACUUCUUCUCAAGGUGUCGUGUGAAUGCAUUCCACUGCAAAUCCCCUCGUGUUUAUACAACUCCUACCUACGGCGCAGAGCUGUGUUCAGACUGAAUUGGAGGUGAACGCGGCCAUGCUCUGUUUAUCACAGUAGUGAAUAUAUCCUGUCAAACGUGAACACACCCCAGGAUUCCCAGCAAAAGACGGAUCGAGUGUAACUGGGGAUAUCGUCACUGCGAGACGAUUCAAUCCUGCGCAGAUUUGUGUACUUUUACAAGUGUGGAUGCAUCAUAGGGCUUGCAAUGGCUUCAUUUACACCAGAGACUACAUGUACAAGAAACCUGACAGGACUUGUGAUUUUGCAAUAACAUCGGAAGCUAUUGCAUUUUGAAUGCAAACAUACCCUGUGUCCCGUCAUCUUUGGAUUGGAUCGUGCAAGUGACACUAAGAAAGGGAAAUCUCUGCGUCAGGCUCUUCCGUGGUCGCGUAUCUUUUAUUUUGUUUUUUUGGCCAAAAAAUGUAAUCUCUACAUUAAUAUUUGUUGUUGUCAUCGGUGUUGUUUAAAUGCUUAAAGAACAUUAUAAAUAUAUAUUUCAUGCAUUUCUUUGUUUUUAAUACAAGCUUCAUAGCUUUUCAACAGUCUCAAAAAAUGGAACUGUGUCUGUAAUUGUCCACGCAGUAGAUAACAGUUAAUUACUAUUUUCAAACAUAGAGGGAGCCUUGGAUCUAGUUUUUGGUUCUAAAUCAUGGAAACAGAUUUAAAUCAGCAUUGUCUAAGUGUCUAAAUUCAUGAUGGUGCAUACAAAGAUCUCAUCUAAUCGUCCUGUCAAAUGUAAACACACCCCAGGAUUCCCAGCAAAAGACGGACCGAGUGUAACUAAGGAUAUCGUCACUGCAAGACGAUCUAGUCCUGCGUGGAUUUGUGUACUUUUACAAGUGUGGAUGCAUCAUAGGGCUUGCAAUGGCUCCAUUUACACCAGAGACUACAUGUACAAACCUGAAACCUGAACAAUAGUUUAGUAAAAUAAGGAAUUAGUUGUCACUGCUGUACAUUCAAUAUGGAGCCGGAAGAAACCUUGUCUUAUCGUCCCCGAAGGUCGCCAUCUACUGUCAAAUGUCAUACAUGUAUUUGCUGUAGGGUCGGAUGGUCUGUAAUUGGGUUUUCACAGUCGGGUAUCAGUCCAUGAGAUACAAUUAUUCUCAUUUGGGGAACGACCUUCAAAGACAAAGUUGAGUUUAGAGGACUGUUUCAUAAUUAUUUUUUUCUAUAACAAAUUAUAAAAUUCUAUGACAGGUUUAAUCAGUCCAUGAGAUAAAA